AUGGCGACCGACAACAGCUCUGCCGAAGAGCGCAAUACACCCCCCUCUCCGUCGUCUCGUCCGGGAAACACGCUACAGGCAGCUGCCACAAUGAACGCUGGGCUCCAGCACGAGAACUCCAGAGGAUCAUCAACUGGUUCCCUUUCGAGGAACAGCUUUCAUUCGCCACAUGGUCGGCGUCGACGCUCCUCCAUACUCGUGAACCUGCAGCUGAACGACCCCAACCUACCAGCGCCCGGCGAGAUGGUGGCGGAUCAGAACGGACCCAACCUCCACAUGCCUCCGUCUCCACGAUCGCCAAUCAUGAUUGGCCGGGAUCCGUUGAACCGUCAUGGUCGACAGCCGAGCUUGGGCGAGAUACAUCAGGAGUUCGAGGCCGAGACCGAGGCUCAUGUGAACCGUCUUCUACAGGUUAUACGCGACCAGCAGAUUCAGCUCCAGCAAGCACAGGCCCAGGGACAUUUGCCUCAUGUGGCCACCGGCGACGAUGUCGCCGUCCAAUCCGGACCGGCAUCCUCUUCGUUGCCGUCGGCCGCACCAGCCUCAAGCAUACACCCGCGCUCACCAGUACAGGCCCAGCACCGCGGCUCCUGUGAUUUCACGCGCGGGGACAUGGCGCAGAGGACCCCAAGCUAUACUGCCUCCCCCAGGCUCCGCUCAACUUCCAUCAGUGGCGACAGCGAACACAUGGCCCUGGGUGGACGUGACGAGAGUGCCUUCUAUCAGGCCGAGACUCAAAUGCUCACGAGAGAGAACCAGAUGCUGCGUCAUCGAAUUCGUGAUCUUGAGCGGCAACUCAGCGAGCUGGGCAGCGGCCCCGGUGCCGUUACCGUGCCUCAUGAACCAUUUCAGCACUCUCACCUCACUCAAUCCACCUCAGCGGCUGAGGAGGACUCGGUGAACGCUAGCGAAUCGCCUGCUGGAGUGACUGCGGUUUCGCCUCUAGUAGCCGAUGGUGCUGGCAAGUGA